UUAAAGAGAGCAGAUGACAUUUCCGCUUCUCCGUGAGGGAAUGGACUCUCUCUUGGCUUUGAUUGGCAUUGUCUCUCGGGUCAGUUUGUCAGUCCAAUCAUAAAGACCAUUUUUGUAAGAUAUUACACAUGAGGUUUUAUCACUAGCGACUUAUACGGGGCCUAUAGUGGGAAUACCUAUAGCCUCUGAGAUACAGGACACAAGAAUAAACAGCCCAAGCCCAGUCUAAAUAGCGUAAACUAAACCACUAAUUUUCGUCUCUUAUGCCUGAAUCCAUCAGCUUGGAACCGAAUCAAAUGAAACAUAUUACGUAGAAGCCAUAACUAGUAGGCCCUAAAAAAAGAAGUGGUCGCUAAUUCCCGGUUCAGCCCUGUAUCCCCGCGGAGAUACUCCAACCAAAAACAUCGUCAGACCACUGACACGGCCAUCAGCGCUGUAUUGGGGACUGCGAAAUAUUGACUCCAUCGCAUGAUGAUUAUGGCGCUGAGAAUCAUGAAAAUAGCAGAAUCAUGUUUCUCCGCGCCUCUAGUGCUUCUCCGGGGGAUGAUAUAAAGUCGGCAUCACAGACACGAUGAGUUCACCACAGGCACAAUAGACAAACAGCACAUACAGCAUAGACACAAACACAGUGGUAUAGAAACAAACACACAAAAUGGCUCUCACAGCAGCACAAGUAGCAAUCGUCAAGAGCACAGCUCCCAUCCUCAAGGAGCAUGGCAAGACCAUCACCACCACUUUCUACCGCAACAUGCUCGGCGCCCAUCCUGAGCUCAAGAAUUACUUCUCUCUCCGCAACCAACAAACAGGCGCCCAACAAGCUGCUCUCGCAAACUCCGUCCUCGCCUACGCCACAUACAUUGACGAUCUCGGCAAGCUGUCCCACGCCGUUGAGCGCAUCGCCCAGAAGCACGUCUCCCUGUUUAUCAAGGCCGAGCACUACCCCAUCGUCGGCACGCAUCUCAUCGGCGCCAUUGGCGAAGUCCUCGGUUCAGCUCUGACCACUGAAAUCAAGGACGCUUGGGUCGCUGCGUACGGCCAGCUCGCAGAUAUCUUUAUCCAGCGCGAGGGUCAGCUGUACGAUGCCGCAGGUGAAUGGAACUCGUGGCGCAAGUUCAAGAUUGCCAAGAAGGAGGCUGAGAACGACUCCGUUACCAGCUUCUACCUCGAACCUCUUGACGACAAGCCUCUUCCCAAGUUCCUCCCCGGACAAUACGUCAGCCUGCAGAUUCCCAUCCCCGAGCUUGACGGUCUUCUCCAAAGCCGUCAGUUCAGUCUGAGCGAGGCCCCAGGAUCCAACCACUACCGCAUCAGCGUCAAGCUCCAGGGUCCAGAGGAAGAGCCUUCCCUUGAAGAUCUCUCUGCUGGCAAGAUCCCCGGUCUCGUUUGCACUAGGCUGCACAAGCGAUACAACGUCGGUGACGAGGUCGAGCUAAGCCCUCCCGCUGGAGAAUUCUUCCUCAACCCCGCCGACACCUCGGCCGCCAAGAAGCCUCUUGUUCUCCUCUCGGCAGGUGUUGGUGCCACUCCUCUCGUUUCGAUCCUCGAUUCCGUUCUCGAAUCAGAGACUGCCUCGCGACCCAUCACAUGGAUCCACGGUGCUCGUUAUUCCGGCUCAACAUGCUUCGUGCCUCAUGUCUUGGACUCGGCCAAGAAGCACGACAACAUCACCGCCAAGAUCUUCCUCGAGGAUGUCAAAGAAGGCGACCAGUACGACUUCAAGGGCGAGAUCGACCUUGACCAGCUGCAAAAGGAUAAGCUCCUUCAGCUUGACAGCUCUGAUGCUGAGUAUUUCAUCUGCGGUCCCGAGGACUGGAUGGUCAAGGUCAGGGCGUUCCUCGAGGAGAAUGGAGUACCCCGUGAGCGCCAGCACCUCGAGCUCUUCAAGACCGGCGACGUCUAAAAGACAGCGAAAGCGUUAUAGAUUGUGUAUUUCUACCGAAUUGCGAAUUAGUUUUGUCUGGCAUACAGAAGGCGUUGAGGACUUGAUGUACGGAUUGCUUCAUGGGAGGAUGUAUUAUUCGAGCUGCUUGAAUUGACAAAAGACUGCAUAUACUAGAUACCAGCCACUCCAACAAAAUAAAGAAUUAUUUCCUUCA